UCCUCCUCCUGUGAACACGGUCUCAUGCGGACAAACCCUCACACCGCUGACGGCAUAGGGUGUGGACAGUUCGUCAUCUGUGAGCACUCGCACCCCUGGCUUCCAGAAUCUCUUCAAUGUGUGGCAACACGGGCAUCUGAAAAACACCAGACGAACCGCUGGCCAUCAGCCUCUGUCUCUCCCUCAGUUCCUCCGCCACCAGAAACCAACGCAAAGAUGUCUGACGCUCUUUGCAUUGUGGGUUCGUUUGGUUCUGCAGGAGGACAACAAGAUUGUGGUUCCUGUUACCUAAUAAGCAUUGGGUCUGUAAUUGCCAUUAUCGCCUCUGACAUUGCCUUGACCGUCUUCAUCGCUAUUUCUGUGUUCUGCUUUGCGAGUCACCACAAGAGACAGAGAGGGAGGGAUUCUCAUGAUGGGAGAAGGAGCCUUCCAUCAUCAGUAUCAAAGAAAACGGCAACAGAGGUCACAGAAUCUCCCUACCAGGAGUUACACGGAGUCCAGUCAGAUGUGUACAGUGAGCUUCGGCACUUUAGGAAAUGAGACGGCGGAGUGAUAAAAAUCCUGAAAAUGUCUGUAACUAUUUUCACAAUCUAUAACCUGAUAGGUUAUAUCGUUAGUAUAUUUUAUUCAUUGUUUACUCUGUUGUGUAGAAUGUGAUGUUCGCUGCAUCGCAUUCUUGUUUUUUUGUAAAUCUUGAGCUGUCCUAAAAUGUGUCUUUGUAUUUAACAAAUCAUAAAUUAAACAACAUAUUAAAACCAA